GUGACAGGGGUAGGUCAGAGCGAGCCGAGAGUCGGAGGGUUUAUUUGACUCGUCGCUCCGUCCUCCCCCACUUCCCCGACGCGCCGCCAACAGUGUUGCCUUCGUCGCGCGUCCGAGACCACGGCGUGGAAACGGCCAGGAUUAACUUUGCACCGAACGCAGCACCGGGCUCGGCCGAAAGCGAUGACCAAUUAGUGAACGUUUCGACACGUUUUCGAGCAUUUUGUAAUUUUACAAGCUGCUGCUUGACAACUUUUCUUUUUUUUAAAUACGUGCGCGUUUGCGUGUGAGCGCGCCGGAGAAGUAACUCGACUUUGACUGCGCAGUUGGAGCAAAAAAAAAAAAAAAAAAAAGAAAAAGAAUGGAGCGAAUUCCGAGCGCGCAACCACCUCCUCUCACCAAACACCAGAAUGAUCUGUCAGACGUGCAGGGGAUGGAUUUCCCGAUGUAUGUUUAUAAACCGAGGCGGGGGAUGAAGAGAGGAGAGGAGAGCAAGGAAACGUACAAGCUGCCCCACAGACUUAUUGAGAAGAAAAGGCGUGACCGGAUAAACGAGUGCAUCGCGCAGUUGAAAGAUUUAUUACCAGAGCACCUGAAACUCACGACUCUGGGCCAUCUGGAGAAGGCUGUGGUUCUGGAGCUCACGCUCAAGCACGUGAAGGCGCUCACCUCCCUGCUGGAGCAACAGCAGCAGAAGAUCCUCGCCCUGCAGAACGGCAUGCAAAUCGAGCAGCCGACCGUCAGCCAGGAGGCGUCCGAGGAGAUGUUCCGCUCCGGGUUCCACAUGUGCGCCAAGGAGAUCCUUCAGUACCUGGACGACCAGGAGAGCGACGGGGACCUGUCGCCGGCCCGUCUGGCCGCUCACCUCCACGCCGUCGCCGCGGAGGUGCUGCGGGGCCCCGACCGGCCCCGAACGCCUCCGAGCCCCCAGGAGGAGGAGGCGCCGGCGGCGUUCGCCCAGCACCAGCACCAGCACCAGCACCACAGGGAGGCGGCGCCCAGCCCGCCCCCCCGGCCCGGCGAGGGCCACGGCAGGAACUGCGUGCCGGUCAUCCAGCGGGCGUACGCGCCGGCCGGCGGCGAGCAGAGCGGCAGCGACACGGACACGGACAGCGGCUACGGCGGCGAGCUGGAGAAGCACGAGCCCGGGGCCCCGGGGGCGCGCGGCGGGGGCCGCUACGGCCCGCAGGCGGCGCCGAAGCGGGCGCCGGGCGACAGGCCGGGCGCCGGCAUCAAGCAGGAGGACGGCGGCCCGCGGCACAAGCGGCCGCGGGCCGAGUCGUCCGAGGACGAGCUGCUGUCGGGCGGGGAGUCGUCCAGCUCGCCGGCGUCGUCCUCCAGCGGCUACGGCAGCUACAUGAGCGUGUCCCCCAGCCACGCGGCCCCCCCGCACCCCCUCUGCAUGCCCUUCUACCUCAUCCCGCCCUCGGCCGCCGCCUACCUGCCCAUGCUGGAGAAGUGCUGGUACCCCGGGGCCAUGCCCAUGCUGUGCCCCGGCGACAGGCCGGCGCCGCCCCCGCUGGUGCUGUCCCCCCGGGGGGGCUCUCCCGCCCCGGCCUUGCCGCAGACCCCCAUGGACUCCCCCGCCCUCCUCCAGGCGCUCAAGCAGGUGCCGCCCCUCAACCUGGAAACCAAAGACUGACUCGGGACGGCGGCGGCGGCGGGAGCGAGAGGACGACUGAGCCAUUCCAUAAGCCACCCUCACGUCUCCCCUCUGCUCCAACGAGAGGACGCGAGGGAGCGGGCGACGGGAGGCGGAGGGCGUCCGUCUGUCCGUCCAUCGCUCCACACGCGGACCAUGUGGAGCUGGAGUUGAAUGUCUACUGCUCAGCGAUAUUACUCAGUGCAUAUGUAUCAUAAAAACUGGACCUGCCCUGCACACACACACACACACACACACACACACACACACACACACACUUGGUUGAAUGUAACGAAAGCAGAGUUUGAGAUGCUGCUGUGAAAGUGUGAAACGCCGACGACACUGACGCACCUCACGUGUAGCUGUUGCGAUAGAGACACAUCAUCUUUGUACUCUAAGAGUUGUUGCACCAAAACGUCGAUGUAGUGUUUUACCCAAAGUGCGUCGUGUGGGACCCCUGUGGUGCGAGCAGACAGGAGGCGGCCUCUACACGACCACCAAUGAGAAUCCAACGAUAGACGGCUCUUCUGUAACUAUUGUUCAUAGACGUCUUGUACAUUUCUAUUUUUGAUACCUGCUCUCACACUCUGGCCUCCCCCGGGGGGAGGAGGGGGUGGGGGGGGGGGGGGGGGGGGGGGGUCAGAGCGUGGACAACUGAGCGUCGUGUACUCAGAAACUGUGUACAUACUGUAGCACUGUGCUGGACCUGGUCUGCAUACUCAGCAUCUGUUUCUGCUCAAGUCAAACCUGGUGUUUGUUCUUGCUGUUGCCUUUUACUUGUGACAAGUGAUAACUCUCAGAUGUUUAUUCCCUGUACUGCGUGUGGAUACUGGAGUCAAGGAAGCGAGCGAGGGAGACGUGAAUGUAAAAGUUUUACCAGAAGACUAGUUUUCUAUAGAAAGAGGUACUUGAGAUUUUAUAUUUUGGGACCUACAUGGAAGAUGUUUGAUGUACAUAUUUUGUCUAUAUAUGUUGAUAUAUGUUAUAUAAGUGUAUUAAUAAAGUAUUUUUUCCCGUGGA